AUGAGUGCACAAGCAGACCCCGCGCAGCGGGUUGCUAUAGGAAUCUCCUUUGGCAACUCGUACAGCUCUAUUGCCUUUACCACUGGUGAGGGCAAGGCAGAAGUUAUUGCCAACGAAGACGGAGACCGCCAGAUUCCCACCGCCCUGUCCUACGUCGAGGGCGAAGAACUCCACGGUGGCCAGGCCAAGCCCCAGAUUGUCCGCAAUGCAAAGAAUACCGUCGCAUACUUUCGCGAUUUCCUCGGCCAAGAUUACAAGUCGAUAGACCCCUCUCCAUGCCACCAGUCGGCCCACCCCAUCGAGCACGAGAACAGCAUUGCGUUUAGCAUCCGCGACGGCACUGAGGAGCAGGAAAACACCGUUUCUAUUAUCGAUAUCACUACACGUCACCUUAAGAGGCUACGCACCUCUGCCUCUGACUACCUUGGAAAGGAUGUGAACGCUGCCGUCAUCACCGUUCCCACAAACUUCUCCGACGCCCAGAAGGAGGCGCUCAAGAAGGCUUCAACAAGUGCUGGUAUGGAGGUCCUACAGUUCAUCAGCGAGCCCACCGCUGCUGUCCUGGCCUACGACGCUCGCCCCGGUGCACAGCUCGCGGACAAGGUCGUCGUCGUUGCCGACCUGGGUGGUACCCGUGCCGAUGUUGCUGUUGUCGCAUCCCGUGGCGGCAUCUACACUAUCCUGGCAACAGUCCACGACUACGAUGUCAGUGGCUUCAAGCUCGACCAGGUGCUCAUGGACCACUUUGCCAAGGAGUUCAUGAAGAAGCACAAGUCCGCCGGUGACCCUAGGGAAGACGACCGAUCGCUGGCCAAGCUGAAGCUCGAGUGCGAGGCCGUCAAGAAGGCCCUCUCCAUUGGUACCACAGCAAACUUCUCCGUCGAGAGCUUAGUAGGUGGCAUCGACUACACUGCCACCAUUAACCGCACCCGAUAUGACCUCCUGGGCAACAAGCUGUUUAGUGCCUUUGCCCGUCUCGUCACCCACGCCGUUGAGAAGGCCAAUUUGGAUCCCCUUGACGUAUCCGAGAUUGUGUUGGCUGGCGGAAACUCUCACACACCAAAGGUCGCCUCUACUGUGGGUGCAGCCUUCCCUGAGUCUACCGUUGUCCUGGCUCCCUCCACCUCCCCCUCAGCCAUCAACCCUUCAGAGCUGGCCGUCCGCGGUGCUGCCAUCCAGGCCAGUCUUAUCCAGGAAUUCGAGCUCGAGGACAUUGAGCAGAGCACCCACCCCAUGGUCACCGUCACUCCUCACCUCUCCACUGCAGUCGGUGUACUGUGCAUCUCUGGCGAUGAGUCUUCGGGUGUCUUCCACCCCAUUGUCGACGCAGAGACAUCACUACCCGUCCGACGAACUGCGACCAUUUCGACCCCACGCGAGGGCGGCGACGUGCUUAUUAAGCUUGCCGAGGGUUCAAGGCACAUCAAGGUUACCAAACCAGAGCCCAAGCCCAAGGCUGAGAAGAAUGAGGAUGACGAGGACGACAGCGAUGAGGAUGAGAGCGAGGAUGAGGAGGAAGAGCUGAGGGAAAAGACAUGGAAGGUCGGCCAGACCCUCAGCGAGGCCGCCAUCCGUGGCGUCAAGAAGGGCGCAAAGGUCGAGGUCCAAAUUAACAUUGGCGCUGACCUAAGCAUAAACGCAAUCUUCCGUGAAGUCGGAGGAAAGGGUGGUGUGCGUGGUACUGUUCAAGGAAGCAAAGUGAAUGGAAGCGCAUAA